AACGCUUGUUGUUUUGUACUUGCUGUUAAUAUACAUACAAUUUUUUUAAGCAACGAAAUUUACUUCCUUCUAUUUAGUUAAUCAACAAAUAGGUAGCAAUCGUAAUUAAUACUUAAUUGGCAGAUUGUUCAAAGAUUGUUGCGUUUCUUCAAAUAAUAUGUAUGACUAGUUUAUGGCAACAUGAUACCACUGUUAAAAAUUCUUCAAAUAUCAAGGAAAAUUAAGCUACAUUUCAUCUACUGCUAUGGCAAGUCGUAUAUAUAAAUGAUUUCAAUUCUAAAAUUUAAGAUUACCUCCCAACGAGAUUCAUUAUUUGCAGUACUUUCACAUUUCUAUGAAAGUAUUUUUUUAUUCAAGGGCGAAAGUUGUCUUCAAGUUGGAGUAAUGUAGUGUACAACAGAGCAACACUGAAAAGUAGUUGUCAAAAAAAAAAAUAAGCAAAGAACUUGGCAGCUGUAGUGAAAUACGUGUUUUUAUUCGAUAAAUUAGCGAAAAUGGCAGUGUAAAACGACGGUAAAUGCAUUACUAAAUGUGCAACGUGUAAUCAUAAUGUCGAGCCGUCGUUCGAUACUCGGUUCGACACUGGACGCUCUACCCGCGCCCACGGAUCCACUUCGCGAAUUGUUUGAAGCUUGCAAAACUGGUGAUGCUGCGCGAGUAAAAAAGUUAAUUACUCCUCAAACGGUGAAUGCCAGGGACACAGCUGGUAGAAAAUCUACUCCGCUACACUUCGCUGCAGGUUAUGGUCGCCGAGAAGUGGUAGAGCUCCUAAUAGGUGCUGGAGCAGCACUCCAGGCCCGAGACGACGGCGGGCUCCAACCAUUACACAAUGCAUGCUCCUUCGGGCACGCUGACGUUGUCCGGGCGCUGCUGACUGCUGGCGCGGCACCGGCAGCCAGGGAUAAUUGGGGGUAUACUCCACUGCAUGAGGCUGCUGCGAAGGGGAAGGUUGAUGUCUGUAUUGCACUACUACAACAUGGUGCGGACCCGAACAUCAGAAACACGGAAGGAAAGACGCCCUUGGAUCUAGCAGACUCUGCCACUAGGCCUGUUCUUACUGGUGAGUACUGCGCAGCAGAGGUGCUAGAAGCCGCCCGCUCAGGUGCCGACGAGCGGCUGGCGGCGCUCCUGACGCCUCUGAACGUGAACGUGCACGCGGGCGACGGCCGCCGCUCUACGCCUCUACACUUGGCCGCCGGGUACAAUAGAGCACGGGCGGUACGGUUGCUAUUGCAGAGAGGGGCGGACACGCAUGCUAAAGACAAGGGGGGCUUGGUACCUCUUCACAACGCGUGCUCGUACGGGCACUAUGAGGUGACGGAGCUGCUGGUCCGAGCUGGUGCCGAUGUCAACGCCACAGACCUCUGGGCCUUCACGCCGCUGCAUGAGGCCGCUAGCAAGGCCCGGUUGGAGGUGUGCUCGCUCCUGCUCAGCGAAGGCGCGGACCCCACACUCCUGAACUGCCAUGGAAAGUCCGCUCUAGACGUAGCACCCACCAGAGAACUGCAGGAGAGGCUAGCAUUCGAAUACAGAGGGCACUGCUUGCUAGAGGCGUGUCGUUUGGCGGAGCCGGCCAGAGUAAAGAAGCAGCUAUCCUCACUCAACAAUCAAUCGCAGAUAAAUCCGGAGACUUCGUCGAGCCCGGCGCCCGCAGGCCCCGGCGCCGGCGCGGCGGAGGCGCUGGCCAACUUCCAGCACCUGGCCAGCGGCGAGCGCCCGCUGCACGCCGCCGCCGCCAGCGUCUACCCCAAACGGAAACAGGUGAUGGAGAUGUUAAUAAGAAAGGGCGCCCGAGUCAACGAGAAGAAUAAAGAAGGACAGACGCCGCUACACAUAGCCACAGAGCAUUCACACCUAGACGCCAUGGACCUUUUGUUACGGCACGGGGCCAAGGUGAACGCGACGGACGGGCGCGGGCUGAGCGCGCUGUCGGUGGCGGCGCGCGCGGACGCGGCGGCGGCGUGCCGCCUGCUGCUGGCGUGCGGCGCGCACGCGCAGGAGCCCAGCUACCCGGCGCCCAUGGACGCAUGCGCAAACGCGGCGGCCCUACGUCUGCUAGAAGCGGCUCGGACAGGCGACGUGGAAGCGGCGCGAGCGGCUCUAGACGCGCGACCCCGGCUCGUCAACUGCAGAGACGUCGACGGCCGCCACUCCACCCCGCUACACUUCGCGGCCGGAUACAACAGGUUACCACUUGCUCAACUACUAUUACAGAGAGGCGCCGAUGUCCAUGCGAAGGACAAAGGCGGCCUCGUUCCCCUCCACAACGCGUGUUCAUACGGGCACUACGAAGUGACCGAGUUAUUGGUGUCGUGCGGCGCCGGAGUCAAUGCGGCGGAUCUGUGGCGGUUCACGCCGCUGCAUGAAGCCGCGGCCAAAGGCAAGGCGGACAUCGUGCGGCUGCUGCUCAAGCACGGCGCCGAUCCGACCCGACGGAAUCGAGACGGACUGACGCCCUUGCAGCUAGUGAGAAGUGGCGACUCCGACACGGCCGACGCGCUGCGCGGCGACGCGGCGCUGCUCGACGCGGCCAAGCGCGGCGAGCUGGCGCGAGCUAGGAAAUUAAUAACGCCACAGAACGUGAAUUGCAGAGACGCUCACGGAAGGAAUUCCACACCGCUACACCUUGCCGCUGGCUACAACAAUCUAGAAGUCGCCGAGGCACUCCUAGAGGCCGGCGCGGCUGUGUCAGCGCGCGAUAAGGGAGGCCUAGUGCCACUCCACAAUGCGGCCUCCUACGGGCAUUUGGAGUUGGCUGCGCUGUUACUGCGGGCCGGCACGCCGCCGAACGCCGCCGAUAGAUGGGGCUUUACUCCAUUACACGAAGCAGCGCAUAAGGCGCGCACGCAGCUAUGUGCGUUAUUGCUGGCCCACGGCGCCGACCCGUACCUCAAGAACCAAGAAGGGCAGACGGCGCUGGAGCUGGCGGGCGCCGAGGACGUGCGCUCGCUGCUGCAGGACGCCAUGACGUCGGCCACGCGCGCGCCGCCCGCCGCGCCGCCCGCCGCGCCGCUGCCGCCGCCGCAGCUGCCCGUGCUGCUGCCCAGCGGCGACACCGUGCCGCUGCCUCUGCCCGUGCGUACACCUUACAUACUGCAGGACCAGCUGCCCGUGCUGCUGCCCAGCGGCGACACCGUGCCGCUGCCUCUGCCCGUGGUACCAAGCAACUAUUGGGCGGAGGGCUCCCGAGGCAGUUUAGAAGACGCGGCGGGCCGACCUGCCUCGGCUCUUUCCACGUCGGAGUCUUUACAAACGUUCCUCUCGAGUAUCGGCCUGGAGCAGCUAGCACCAGUAUUAGAACGCGAGCAAAUCACAAUAGAUAUAUUAUCAGAAAUGUGUCAUGAAGAUCUCAGAGCUGUGGGCGUAGCGGCCUACGGGCAUCGACAUCGGCUGCUAAAAGCGGCGCGGCAGUCUGCGCAGGCGGCGUCAGAAUGGUAUGGCGGCACAACCCUAGUCGACGUGACACCGACAUCAAGUGACGAGUGCGGCGAGAGCGAGUACGCGAUAGUCGAAAGGGAGAUGCAAGCUUCCGUACGGGAGCAUCGAGAUCAAGCGGGCGGGAAUUAUACACAUUAUAAUGUAGUCAGGAUACAAAAAAUAGUAAACGGGCGUUUAUGGGAGCGCUACCAGCACCGGCGGCGGGAGGUGUCCGCGGAGGCAGGUGGCGCUAACGAGCGCAUGCUGUUCCACGGCUCGCCCUUCAUCAACGCCAUCGUACAGAAGGGCUUCGACGAGAGACACGCCUACAUCGGUGGCAUGUUCGGCGCGGGCAUAUACUUCGCGGAGCAUUCUUCCAAAAGCAACCAGUACGUGUACGGUUUCGGCGGCGGCUCCGGCUGCCCCGCGCACAAGGAUCGCAGCUGUUACCUGUGUCACAGACAGCUCCUCUUGUGCCGCGUGACACUGGGGCGCGCGUUCCAGCUGUCGGCGGCGCUGAAGAUGGCGCACGCGCCGCCCGGCCACCACGCCGUGUCGGGCCGCCCCACGCAGGGCGGGCUCUGCUACCCCGAGCACGUCGUGUACCGGGGGGAACAGGUACGUACACGUUCCAGCUGUCGGCGGCGCUGAAGAUGGCGCACGCGCCGCCCGGCCACCACGCCGUGUCGGGCCGCCCCACGCAGGGCGGGCUCUGCUACCCCGAGCACGUCGUGUACCGGGGGGAACAGGUACGUACACGUUCCAGCUGUCGGCGGCGCUGAAGAUGGCGCACGCGCCGCCCGGCCACCACGCCGUGUCGGGCCGCCCCACGCAGGGCGGGCUCUGCUACCCCGAGCACGUCGUGUACCGGGGGGAACAGGUACGUACACGUUCCAGCUGUCGGCGGCGCUGAAGAUGGCGCACGCGCCGCCCGGCCACCACGCCGUGUCGGGCCGCCCCACGCAGGGCGGGCUCUGCUACCCCGAGCACGUCGUGUACCGGGGGGAACAGGUACGUACACGUUCCAGCUGUCGGCGGCGCUGAAGAUGGCGCACGCGCCGCCCGGCCACCACGCCGUGUCGGGCCGCCCCACGCAGGGCGGGCUCUGCUACCCCGAGCACGUCGUGUACCGGGGGGAACAGGUACGUACACGUUCCAGCUGUCGGCGGCGCUGAAGAUGGCGCACGCGCCGCCCGGCCACCACGCCGUGUCGGGCCGCCCCACGCAGGGCGGGCUCUGCUACCCCGAGCACGUCGUGUACCGGGGGGAACAGGUACGUACACGUUCCAGCUGUCGGCGGCGCUGAAGAUGGCGCACGCGCCGCCCGGCCACCACGCCGUGUCGGGCCGCCCCACGCAGGGCGGGCUCUGCUACCCCGAGCACGUCGUGUACCGGGGGGAACAGGUACGUACACGUUCCAGCUGUCGGCGGCGCUGAAGAUGGCGCACGCGCCGCCCGGCCACCACGCCGUGUCGGGCCGCCCCACGCAGGGCGGGCUCUGCUACCCCGAGCACGUCGUGUACCGGGGGGAACAGGUACGUACACGUUCCAGCUGUCGGCGGCGCUGAAGAUGGCGCACGCGCCGCCCGGCCACCACGCCGUGUCGGGCCGCCCCACGCAGGGCGGGCUCUGCUACCCCGAGCACGUCGUGUACCGGGGGGAACAGGUACGUACACGUUCCAGCUGUCGGCGGCGCUGAAGAUGGCGCACGCGCCGCCCGGCCACCACGCCGUGUCGGGCCGCCCCACGCAGGGCGGGCUCUGCUACCCCGAGCACGUCGUGUACCGGGGGGAACAGGUACGUACACGUUCCAGCUGUCGGCGGCGCUGAAGAUGGCGCACGCGCCGCCCGGCCACCACGCCGUGUCGGGCCGCCCCACGCAGGGCGGGCUCUGCUACCCCGAGCACGUCGUGUACCGGGGGGAACAGGUACGUACACGUUCCAGCUGUCGGCGGCGCUGAAGAUGGCGCACGCGCCGCCCGGCCACCACGCCGUGUCGGGCCGCCCCACGCAGGGCGGGCUCUGCUACCCCGAGCACGUCGUGUACCGGGGGGAACAGGUACGUACACGUUCCAGCUGUCGGCGGCGCUGAAGAUGGCGCACGCGCCGCCCGGCCACCACGCCGUGUCGGGCCGCCCCACGCAGGGCGGGCUCUGCUACCCCGAGCACGUCGUGUACCGGGGGGAACAGGUACGUACACGUUCCAGCUGUCGGCGGCGCUGAAGAUGGCGCACGCGCCGCCCGGCCACCACGCCGUGUCGGGCCGCCCCACGCAGGGCGGGCUCUGCUACCCCGAGCACGUCGUGUACCGGGGGGAACAGGUACGUACACGUUCCAGCUGUCGGCGGCGCUGAAGAUGGCGCACGCGCCGCCCGGCCACCACGCCGUGUCGGGCCGCCCCACGCAGGGCGGGCUCUGCUACCCCGAGCACGUCGUGUACCGGGGGGAACAGGUACGUACACGUUCCAGCUGUCGGCGGCGCUGAAGAUGGCGCACGCGCCGCCCGGCCACCACGCCGUGUCGGGCCGCCCCACGCAGGGCGGGCUCUGCUACCCCGAGCACGUCGUGUACCGGGGGGAACAGGUACGUACACGUUCCAGCUGUCGGCGGCGCUGAAGAUGGCGCACGCGCCGCCCGGCCACCACGCCGUGUCGGGCCGCCCCACGCAGGGCGGGCUCUGCUACCCCGAGCACGUCGUGUACCGGGGGGAACAGGUACGUACACGUUCCAGCUGUCGGCGGCGCUGAAGAUGGCGCACGCGCCGCCCGGCCACCACGCCGUGUCGGGCCGCCCCACGCAGGGCGGGCUCUGCUACCCCGAGCACGUCGUGUACCGGGGGGAACAGGUACGUACACGUUCCAGCUGUCGGCGGCGCUGAAGAUGGCGCACGCGCCGCCCGGCCACCACGCCGUGUCGGGCCGCCCCACGCAGGGCGGGCUCUGCUACCCCGAGCACGUCGUGUACCGGGGGGAACAGGUACGUACACGUUCCAGCUGUCGGCGGCGCUGAAGAUGGCGCACGCGCCGCCCGGCCACCACGCCGUGUCGGGCCGCCCCACGCAGGGCGGGCUCUGCUACCCCGAGCACGUCGUGUACCGGGGGGAACAGGUACGUACACGUUCCAGCUGUCGGCGGCGCUGAAGAUGGCGCACGCGCCGCCCGGCCACCACGCCGUGUCGGGCCGCCCCACGCAGGGCGGGCUCUGCUACCCCGAGCACGUCGUGUACCGGGGGGAACAGGUACGUACACGUUCCAGCUGUCGGCGGCGCUGAAGAUGGCGCACGCGCCGCCCGGCCACCACGCCGUGUCGGGCCGCCCCACGCAGGGCGGGCUCUGCUACCCCGAGCACGUCGUGUACCGGGGGGAACAGGUACGUACACGUUCCAGCUGUCGGCGGCGCUGAAGAUGGCGCACGCGCCGCCCGGCCACCACGCCGUGUCGGGCCGCCCCACGCAGGGCGGGCUCUGCUACCCCGAGCACGUCGUGUACCGGGGGGAACAGGCUUACCCGGAAUACCUAAUAACGUAUCAAAUAGUCGGCAGCGAGGGCAACACGGGCGCAGUAUAAAUACCAAGUAUUUUUACCUGGUACCAAGUACCUAGUGCGUCCCAGUACAGUGAGCUGUGAAAUAGCAUCGAGAAAUCAUGAAUUAAUUCAUUGAUAAACUCACUAUGCACUUUUAUGGCUGAUGGUACAGUCAAGGUAUUAAAUAUCGACACGGAUAAAGUGCCAUAAAUAUGUACACACUACUUUAAUGUAUGGGCAAUAAGGUCGUGUAUAUAUAUUUUUGGCACUGUCCGUGUAAAUAUUUAAUACAUUGACUGUACCUAAAUGAAAAUAUUUUUGAAUAUUGUUUAGUUGUAGACUAGAAACUAAUGUGUCGUUUUCAAACAAAAGGUACCAGUUUUUUAGGUUGUCAAUAUGCAAUAAAUAAUCAUCAUUAUUGACAACUGUGAUGCCUUUUUGCCAAAAAUACUUCACGAAUUAUUGUCUGCAUGCGUUCUGGUUCAACUGUUGCACAGUCGCGUCUGAAAAUAUCGAUACGGACAAUGCGGCAAAAAUAUGUAUACGCUACCUUAAUAUAUGGGCAAUAAGGUCGUGUGUACAUAUUUUUGGCGCUUUGUACGUAUGUAUAUUUUUAGACACGACUGGACUAACGAUUUAGAACUAUGUAGUGCCCACGCUAGCGUAGUGCGGGUUAGAUAAAAAGGGUCACUCUAACCUAACUUUGUACAAGUGAGGGAGGGUCAUUACGAACAUCAAGGUUAUAGUUUUUCAGUUUUUUUUUUAAUUUGUAAUACAAAAAAAAAAGUGAAACAUAGAAUAUAUAGCGAUCGACAUCAAAAUCAAAGUGAUUUGUUAAGAUUUUGUUAGUGUAAACCGUUUUCUCUCGAAAUGGAAAUUUCAUAGAAAAAGUACCGCUAUUUCGUUGGAAUCGCAAAGCAAUCUUCCCUCUUAAUUGGAGUAAAAGAAAAAGAUGCCCGCAAAUUGUUAACUUUGGUGUUCGCGGUAGGCCUUCUGCUCACCGCGGCAACGCGCUGGUGUGAAUCGCCUAAUAAAAAACUUACCCAGAAAACUGUUCGUUAACCAGAUGGCGUUAUACCUCUGUACUAGCUUAUUUAGUUCUCAAUUCAACUAAAUAUACUUCGGACAUAAUAUAGUGAAACUGUUAAAAAGGGAACGACUUUUCAUUUACUAGUGCUUUACUCAUUUUGUAGGGGGCCUAUGGGGGGUAUGGAGCUUCGAGCAACACCGUCUUCCGACACGUCGGAAGGGAGGAGCCCAAGCGAUAUCUUACCGAACAAAUCUAUCUGUAAUGACGACACAAAUACAUAGAAAAUGACACACGUAAAAGACAAAUCUUGCACACCUCGAUCUCUUUUUGUGUACGGACGAGUCACAACAUGCACCGCCAUAGGUACAGUUGUACCUAUGCUUCGGCAGAGGGGAAAUAGUACGAAUGCUGUCUCCCUUCCGUGUUGCUCGAAGGUAUGGAGGGUAGAGGUAAGGAGAACAAUCUCUUAUGGAAGAACUGUUAUUAGUGUCCAGCUGGCAGCUGUAAAUAAUAGUUCUAAAUUUCUCCGGUGGCGCUAGGGUAGCACAAGGACAUAACAUGAACUUGACGUUAUUGACGGAGUGAAGUGCGCUGUCAGCGAGUUGAUUUUUUUAUCUAAGUCAAAAAUUUGUUCGCGAUAUAUCGUGGCGCCACCUAUUUAAGGUUUUUUGAUUUUUGACACUUUUCAUACACAUAGAUUGUACUCCUUACUUCUACCCUCCAUAAUUAAUAGUCCACGAACUGUCAAGUCGUAUGGGUUACCAUGGUAACGCACUAAUAAUAUUAGACUAAUACCCUUUGAGAAACGGGCCCUGGAGUUCCGAAACUGGAUUUUCCACUAUAAAAGGUUGUGUAUAUUGUUAUUAGUUGUAUAUAUUGAAUCGAGGAAAUCAGACACACACUUUAAUCGGGAUAAAUUACAAGUAGCAAGUAAUUACAAUUUCUGCAUUAAAAGAAACGCAAAUAGGUUAUUUUACUAACAAAAUAAGUCUAAGGUCAAUAUGGGUAAGACCGACAUAUAAAAUGUAUUGCUGGGAAGUCCGUCUUCGCUCAGACACGUACAUCAUACAUACAGCCGGAUCCCUUUGUUUGACAUAAUGUAAUGAUUAUCAGAUUAUCAUAGUCAUAAUUCUGAAACCGUUAAUUUUUCAUGAUUUUCGUUAGGUUAUCCUAUAGAUAGGAUAGGUUAGGUUUGUUUUAUGGCAAUCCUGAAAAGUUACGCGUUUCUGAGAAAAACAAAUUAUUACUAACGAAAAUGCGGACAAAAUAUACAUUAGGACUUAAAACUUUAUGGAAAACAAUAGAGACCCUAAAGUCACGUUUGAAAAUAUCGGUACUGAAAAGUGUCUAAAAUAUGUAUACGCGACCUUAUUGCCCAGAUAUUAAGGUAGUGUAUACAUAUUUUUGGCGCAUUGUCGGUAUCGAUAUUUUCAGACGUGAUCAUACAUCGCUCAGACACGCCCAUUUCCCGGAGGGGAAGGCAGAGACCACGGAUUUCCACUUGCUACGAUCCUGACAUACCUCUUUCGCUUCACUUCCAAACAUUCCUCAUACACGCUCGCCGGUUUAGGGUGCUCUUGACCUGGCCUUUCUUCAGGACUUUCCCGAUUUGAUCAGAGAGAGUUUGAAGAUGAUUUUAUACCCCAUUUCAUUUACCAUGGCGGGAUUUCACUUGAGACGGUCAUUGAGGCGUAAACAAUACAAAAGAUACCGAGAGAGAGAGAGAUCGUAUCUUACAUGUAAUUGUCACUGACAAACAACUGUAUAAAACAUACUUUUUCAAGUUUAUUUGCUUAGCCUUUUUUUAAUAGACCAAAACGUCUUUAAACCUAUUAAAUGUAUCAAUUUUAUUUUUCAAAACGAAAUAUCACGUUUUACCUCUUUGUUUUUAACUCAUUGAUUUAUCCAUUAUAAAAUAAAAGCUUAAUCUAAUUCUAAUAGUAACACAAAAUCUACUCACACACAGGGCCGGAUUUAAGGGAGGGCAACCGGGGCCACUGCCCCGGGGCCUCCACAAAAGAGGGGCCCCCACUAUAGAAAAUUCGGAAAAUUUACCAUUUUAUUUGGAAAAAAAUUGGGGCCAUGGGGCCUCCACUCCUUUAUUGCCCGAGGCCUCCAGACAUCUAAAUCCGGCAUUGCUCACACAUAUUUUUUAAUGAAAAUUGAGAACUGAAAUUGUGAAAAGUGUGAUGCUAGGACAUUUAGUACUAAUACUACGAUUCCAUAUGAAAUUUAAAAUAAUGUACACGUAAAAACCAUGUCAGACAUGAUAAAACCAAUGAAAAUUCGUAGAUAUACAAUGUUGAAAUUAAAUGGCAAAAUAACGUUGCCCAUGGACACGACGGGUCUCUAUUGAUUCCCAUAAAGUUUUUAGUCAUAAUGUAUUGUUUGUCCGCAUUUUCGUUAGCCAUAAUUUGUUUUUUCUCAGAAACGCAUAACUUUUCUGAAUUGCCAUAAACCAAACUUAACCUAACCUAUCUAUAGGAUAACCUUACGAAAAUCCUGAGAAGUUAACGGUUUCAGAGUUAUGACUAAUGAUAAUCUGACUAUCAUUACAUUGACUUUCAAUAAUUAUGUCAAACGAAGGGAUCCGGGACACGCCACAUGUAACACCAGACGGCUUGCAAUUGCGUUGCCAAUCUUUAAUAUGGGUCCGUAAAUACCGCAGGCGACAGUUCAUUCCACAGCUUAGCUGUGAGAGGCAGGAGUCCUCAACUGUAACCUACCAACCUACGUGGUAAACUGAUGGAAAUUUUGCGUAGAGCGAUGGCGAAAAGAAGCGUUGACGUUAUCUUAAUAUUCGUAUGGAAUAGAAUACAUAAUUAGUGCUCUUAAAAUGGCUUUGAGCUAACCUCCAAAAUUUGUCUUAGACACACUUUAAUAAUCAAUAAUUAUUUGAUGGUGGUUAUAUCACGCGUGGUCAGUCCUGUGCACACUGAAUGCAUGUGCGUAAACGUACUCGUUCCCCUUCGUUGUAAUGUAUAGGAUCUUGUGAAAGAUGGCACACCGCUAGCGUGCACGGCUCCACCAUUUUAGUGCACGUUUACGCACACGCAGCCGCUGUGCUCUGCGUUUAAUUAUAUCGAGUUAGCUCUAAGCCGAUCGCGGUAACAUUCGAAAACGUGAACAUUUACAAUGCAUUUGUAAAACGAACUUGUCUCGAACUUUGUUGAGAAGAAAAAUCUUGUAACCGUACUUCGAGUUAGCAUUUGACAUUUUCUGCGUGAACUCGAUCGCAUUUCCUCUAUCGCACCAAUACGUCAAUCGGUACGAGCGAGAUGGACUGCGAUCGAAUUUAUGCAGUCGACAGCGUAAACUUCAAGUGUCAAGUCAUGGUACGGCUACAGGAAAAACUAUCUAUAUAAAAUAAGUCAUCAAAAAAUAAUGUAGUAUUCAAAUUUUUCAUAGUGUGGAAGGAAUAUUUUAUUGCAUAAUAUGUUGCAUCAUUGUUUUCAUUGUUGUAAUUGAAAUUGUUAGAUCGGAUUUUCUUCGAAACGCAAAGUUAUUUACUAUAUGCAAUUAAUCGCAUUUCCCCAGUCUAAAAACAGGACUAUAUACUGUAGUGCCACUAGAAAGUAGAAACUAGCUGAAAAUAUACAUACAUCUCUUUGAUUUAGCUAAGCGUAAAACAGAGACAGAUAUCUUCAGCUUUUAGCACGAUUGGUUGGCCAGACAAUAUAUUAUAUGGUAAUGGGACUGACUAAUAUGGGGUUCAAAACUUUAAAUUGCUCACUACAGAGAGAGUUUUUCAAACCUGUAGUAAGUAGUUGUAUCUAUUCUUGUUAUUCGUUAAAUUCGCAAAAAAUAUACAGCAGCAGUAAUUAAUGAUACAAAAUAUUAAAGUAUUUUUAGUUUUUUUUAAACUCCAAACUAACCUGGAACUCGAAUACAUGGAAGUGGCGACAGAUCCAUAUGAGAGACGGCACACCGCAUGCGUGACGUGUGCUUGCACGGCUCAAACAUUUUAGUGCACGCGCGCGUGCAUGUUUACGCACAUGCAGCCGGUAUGGUCUGGCCUUAAUUAUUGCAGCGCUAUCUGCGUUAGGCUUUGUGAGUUACAUCCUUGUUUAAUUUUUUUCAUUUUGAAGGUUAUAUUUUGGUUAUCUGCGAGAAAUUGCAUAGAGUAAAGUAUUGUUUUGGUAAUUUAUCGAUAUGGUGUAUAUACGCGUUCAUAGUGUAGCCGUUUAGGAGGUAAGGGAUGGAGAAAUAAAUUUUGAAUUUUUAUUUUAA